GACGUAUUUGUAGUAUGUGAUGUCAUAUUAGACGUGAUCGUCGUGUCCGUUAGUUUUAGCGCAAAAUCAUUGUUUUGUCAUUGUGAAGAGUAUCUUAUUCUUAGAAGUCUCGUAUUGGAAUUUUAGGGUUCAUUUUACAGUUUAUAGGUAUUCAUUAAAUCAUGGCUCGUACAAAACAGACUGCUCGAAAGUCUACUGGUGGUAAAGCUCCUCGUAAACAGCUAGCUACCAAAGCAGCUCGUAAGAGUGCACCAUCCACUGGUGGUGUGAAGAAGCCUCAUCGUUACAGGCCAGGUACUGUUGCCCUUCGUGAAAUCAGACGUUACCAAAAGUCCACUGAGUUGUUGAUUAGAAAGUUGCCAUUCCAGCGUCUGGUUAGAGAGAUUGCACAGGACUUCAAAACAGACUUGAGGUUUCAGAGUGCUGCAAUUGGUGCUUUACAGGAAGCUAGUGAAGCAUACCUUGUAGGUCUGUUUGAAGAUACCAACUUGUGUGCUAUCCAUGCUAAACGUGUCACUAUCAUGCCAAAAGAUAUCCAGUUGGCAAGAAGGAUCCGGGGAGAACGUGCAUAAAUGCCUUUUUGGUUCACAAUUUUCAGUAAAUACGUCUACCUAUCACCAGUUUCUUCGUGUACCAUUUCAGAACGUUUUUACUUGCAAAUGACUGAUGGAAUGAUCUUUGAAUUUAACCAUCUUUGUCUCCAGAUCAUUUUGUAAAAUUUAGGUUUGUAA